AUGCAGGGCGAGUGUCAGUUCUGCGGUGGCCUUGUCCGCUUCAGUUUGAUAGGUGUGGGCCGUUUUGUAUCGCAGAGAUACCACGCGACUAUAUUAUCACCGCAGGCGACGGUGCGCGGCGGCCGGCGGUGGAGCGCGGAGCGCGCCUACCUGCGGCCGGCGCUGGGCAGGCCCAACCUGCGCGUCCUCACCGGGGCGACGGCCACCCGGCUCAUCAUCGACCCGGCCACCAACUCCACGCGCGGCGUCUGCUUCAUACGGGACGGACGUGCGCAGGAGGUGCUGGCAGACAAGGAAGUGAUUCUGUCUGCGGGAGCCAUCAACUCCCCGCAGUUGCUGAUGCUGUCCGGCGUGGGACCCCGCGACCAUUUGGAGAGCCUGGGAAUCCCCGUCGUGCAGCACCUGCCAGCCGUGGGGCAGAACCUGCAGGACCACCCCGCCAUGGGCGGAAUCACCUUCACCGUGAACGAGUCCGUCACCAUCAUCGACAAGAGGGACGCCCUCAAUCCGGCCAACUGGCUCGACUACCUGCUACGUGGCAAAGGGCCUCUCACACUGCCAGGCGGCGCAGAGGCGUUGGCGUUUGUGCGGACGCCGCUGGCGGAGGGCCCGGGCCCCGACGUGGAGCUGGUGAUGGGCGCAGGAGCGCCCUCCGGCGACUCGCUGGGCUUCCUGCGGCGCCUGGUGGGCUGGCAGCGCAGCGCGUGGCGGAGCGUGUGGGGCGCCGCCGCCAGCCGCGGCGCCGACGCCUGGUCCCUGGCCGCCGUGCUGCUGCGGCCGCGCUCCCGCGGCUCCGUGCGCCUGCGCAGCCGCAACCCGCUGCACGCGCCCGUCCUGCGGGCCAACUACUACGACGACGAGCGGGACCUGCAGGCGCUCGUGCACGGCAUCAAGUUUGUACCAGCUACGGCGCUGUUACAGGCGGCGUCGCUGGGGGAGUCGGGCCCGCUGCGUCGCUUCCGCAGCCGGCUGCUGCGAGUGCCGGCGCCGGGAUGCGAGCGCGAGGCCUUCGGCUCGGACGGCUACUGGGCGUGCGCGGUGCGCCAUCUGGCCUUCAACCUGCACCACCAGGCGGGCACCUGCGCCAUGGGCGCCGUCGUCGACAGCCGGCUGCGCCUGCGCGGCGUGCGGCGAGCGCGCGUCGUCGACGCCUCCGUCAUGCCCACCGUGCCCUCGGGACACACCGCCGCGCCCGUCUACAUGAUCGCCGAGAAGGCAGCCGACAUGAUCAAGCAGGACUGGGGGCAGCCCGUCCAGUAG